AGCACAGAAAAGAAGUUCGAUCGCAGAGCUGAGUUAAAGAAAGGCAUCUUGGAAUACUGAAAAUAUCUUAAAAUAUGUCAUAGUUUUAGUGAAGAUCGUACAGUGAUUGGCAUCAUACUAUUCUAAUUUGGAUUGUGUUACGUCUCAUAAAGGAAAUUAGAAGAAAAUUUAUUUUAAUUGUGUCGAAGUUGGUACAGUAAAAACGAGCAAACUGGCGACGUCACGUGUUCCUAGCCCACGGCCGCCAGACGUGAUGUCAAGCCCUGUAGCAGAAAACUGGUGCUAUACCCAGGUGAAAGUGGUGAAGUUUUCCUACAUGUGGGCCAUAAAUAACUUCAGUUUCUGUCGAGAAGAAAUGGGUGAAGUACUCAAGAGCUCAACGUUUUCAUCAGGGGCAAACGAUAAAUUGAAAUGGUGCCUAAGAGUGAACCCCAAAGGAUUAGAUGAGGAAAGCAAAGAUUAUUUAUCUCUCUAUUUACUAUUGGUUUCCUGUAAUAAAAGUGAAGUCCGAGCAAAAUUUAAAUUUUCUAUUCUGAAUGCUAAAAGGGAAGAAACAAAAGCAAUGGAGAGUCAGCGUGCAUAUAGGUUUGUUCAAGGGAAAGACUGGGGCUUUAAAAAGUUUAUUCGACGAGAUUUCCUAAUGGAAGAGGCAAAUGGUCUCCUUCCAGACGAUAGGCUAACAUUAUUUUGUGAGGUAAGUGUAGUUCAAGAUUCUGUAAAUAUAUCCGGUCAAUCCAGCCAGUCACAAUUGAAAGUGCCCGAAUGCAGACUGGCAGAUGAUUUAAACACGUUAUUAGAGAGGUCAUCUUUCAGCGAUGUCACAUUAUGCGUCAAUGGACGCGAGUACCAAGCACACAAAGCGCUGUUAGCAGCUCGCUCACCAGUCUUCAAUGCAAUGUUUGAACACCAAAUGGAAGAGAGUAAACACAACAGGGUUGAGAUCACUGAUGUUGACCAUGAGGUGAUGCGGGAGAUUCUACGAUUCAUUUACACAGGCAAAGCACAAAACCUAGAAAAAAUGGCUGAUGAUCUACUUGCAGCUGCCGAUAAGUAUGCAAUAGAGAGGUUGAAAGUGUUAUGUGAAGAAUCAUUGUGUUCAAAUCUCGCUGUUGAGAAUGUUGCCGAGGUGCUUGUGCUAGCAGAUCUCCACAGCGCCGAACAACUUAAAGCUGUAGCAAUAGAUUUUAUAAAUACCCAUGCAACAGAUGUUAUGGAUACAUCUGGUUGGAAGAAUAUGGUACGAAGCCAACCACACCUUGUAGCCGAUGCAUUUCGAGCCUUAGCAAGCGCACAAACACCUCCAUUUGGGCCUCCAAGGAAAAGAAUAAAGCAAUCAUGAGCUAGAAAAUAGUCACUAUCGGUGCUUUUAUUAACUAUGAUUUUUUUAAAUAUGAAUUUCUAUGAAAUUACUGUGAAUAUUUUUCCAUAUUUUUUAGCCUUAGUCGAAUUUGAAUCCAAAGUUAAAGCAGAGAGGAAUGGAACAUGCAGGGCUAUCUCCAGCAUGCCUUUAUUGCACUGAAUUGCAUCAUCUGAGUAUUAUUAUAGAAGAUUUUUAAGAUGAAUUAAUAUUAACGCCAAGAGUUGAAUAUAGGCAUAUUUGAAUACACAAUAUUCUAUGUACAUAUUAUAAUGUUGAAAAUAGACUUGUACAUACUAAUGUACAGAAGAGCAUUGACCUUGUACAAACAUAUGAAUAUGUAAAACAAUCUUCAUUAAACUUAAUUGAAUAUAGAAUAGACUACACAGCUAUAUUGAGACACUUUGAAGCUUUUUUGCACACCACUGCUAGUAAUAUUUCCAAAAAGUGCCAUAAAGGUUGAUACAUUAAGCAAACUUUACCUAAUAUUUUUUACCUAUUAAAUUUUUAAUGAUUUGGUUGAAACUUUAUGUGUGCAUUGCACAAUUAUUAUCAUAAUUUUACUGUAUAAGCUACAAACUUAAAGGGAAACUAAUUUAAAAUUUUCUAAAAAGUUUAAUAAUUAGAGAGUGCACAAAUUUUGUUAGCGUACUGUUAUUGAAGAAUAUGAGAUAUUUUACGUAUCUUCACUCUUUACACAUUUUAAAGUUUGUAGUGUAUUACUUUGUUCACUACUCACUAAAUUCUUUUAUAUUAUACCUGUGAAAAAAGCAUGGUUUUCUAUUCAUCUUGGUAUAAUUUUGCAUCCUUACUUUAUGUUGAGUAAGGCAUUAAGGUUUUCAAAAAAACUAAAUAGUAAUCGCUCACAUUAAUGUGUAUUAGGCCCUAACUUAAAACUCUAGACUUUUGGGGUGGGGUGCUUAUUGAUAAGGGAAAGCUAGUUUUGUAUUACUUCUCUAAUGCAUUAUUAACCUUUUUUUAAUUAUAAAUUAAAGAUUGUCCCGUGCAAAAUGCAAAAAAAAGUCAUAAAAAUCAUUUUUGAAAUUAAGUUGCUCAUUUUGAAGUAGCAUACAAAUUAUCAAUUUGAACAUAGAAAUUAGUGUAUUUAAAAAAUGUUUACCCAUCAUUUUACAGUAAAAAAUCAUAGAAACACUUCCAGUCACUGGAUAUUACUGCAAAAUAGGCAAGUUAAAUUCAAAAUUAUUUUUUAAUGAGUUUUUGUCAUUUUCAAGGGACAAUAUAAUUCUUUAAGGUUUCCAACACAAUUCCCAAAAUUAUAUAUACUUAGCUUAUUCCUUGCAGAAAAAAAGUUAUCCAAAAUGAUAAGUUGUGAUCUUUUGAAAUAUGUAAUUUUGAGCAAUGAAUGUUUAGUGUUUUUUUUCCUAAAAUGAUAUAAAUAAUUUCAUUUUAACCAGCAAUUUUUAAUUUUUUACUUGGAGAAUUAACAUAAUUAUAGUUGAUCUCAAAUACACUCAGUUAUCUUGAGGCAUCUUCAUGUUUUAAUGGUCAUCACCCACCAGUUUCACAUUGAAAUGUGUCUUAUUAAGAAAAAUAAUUAAUUAUUAAAAAUUAGGAUUGUUACAUGUUAAAUAACUGUAUUUUAUUAAAAGUAAAUCUAAUCAAAUCAUUUUAGAUGAAAUGUGUACGGUAGGCCCUAUGGUUUUUAUUCUUUAAAUGGGUAUAUUUUCAGUAGUUUUAUGCAGUUUCUGCAAUACCUUGUACCAUUUUUUAUUUUAGAAAGGAUUUAAUAUUCAAUUUUACAUGUCUCUGAAUAUUUUGUUUUUCAUUUUGGUGUUUUCUUAUUUGUAAUUAUCGUUUUUUUUAUUUGUAAUUGUUGUUUUUUCCCUUUUUUGUAAUUAUUGUUUUUUUAUUUGUAAUUACUGUUUUUUUUAUUUUUUUUAUUUAUUAUUAUUUUUUUUUUAUUGCCCCUAUCUGGAUUUAUAAUUGAUUAUAGAUAUACCAAACAAUGUUUUCUUACAUUUCUAUACAAUUCUAGACAAAAUCGUACAGUUAAGGGUAGUAACAGUGUCAUAAUGUAUUACCAGUACAAACAAUUCUAAUAUAAUAUAUGUUAUCGUUUUUCCCCUGCCAUUCCACGUUAAUCCCUGAUUAAUCACAGCUUACAAAACAAUAUUUUGAAUGUUUUAUUUUAAUUUUUUUUGGUUGUUGAGAAAACAACUGAUUUUCUUUUUUAAAACUUGUGUAUUUAUAUUUAACGAUGCCAAUGAAUAUGAAUGGUUAAAUUUCAAAGAGGUUUGAAGUGUUGCCGUAAGUUAAUAUCAUGUAUAAUUAUUACCGACAACACAGGAAUGCCAAUAAAAAUAUACAUCAAUGCUUU